AUGCGUGGAUUCCCGGUUAUAGUUAGCCUCGUGGCCGCGGUAGCAGCGGCCACGAACUCAAGCUGCGCUGAUGGCCUCUACAUGAUUGUUGCCAGAGGUACUCUGGAGCCCAAGAUUGCUAGUCCUCAGGGAUACUUCCCCGCAGACACAGGGUCCCCUGGAUAUGUGGCACAGCUUAUUGCAGCAAAGAUCAAAGGCUCUAAGAUCGCGGGUGUGAAGUAUCCUGCAUCGAUGCAAGAUCCAUCAUAUGCGAAGUCAGAGGAUGAUGGGGCAGCUACUAUGCUGCAGAUGGCAAAGGAGUACCACUCAUCUUGCCCAAGCUCAAAAAUGGCCCUCUUGGGCUACUCUCAGAUAUUCCCACGACAUAACAUCACUGUGUGCGAACGGUAUGAUGAUAUCAUGGCAUCCUGGUGCGACAAGGGUGACAAGUACUGCGACUCUGGAAAGGGCCAAGAUGGCACAAUUAUCCAUGGCUCCUACCUCGGGAUAUACAAUAGCACCAUGGUCGACUUCGUGGUUGAAAGAUGGCAGAAGUCGACUACCACAGGCACGUCGACAGGGUCACCCACAAGCUCGGCUACCAGCAGUCCAUCUCCAUCGACUGGCACGGCUUCUGGGUUGACUGCAGAUCAGAGUUUUUUCAUGGUAUGGCCUCUGUUGUUGCUUUCUUGUGGACUCUUCUUUUAG